AUUUAUCUCUCUACAUCCGGGCAUAUCGCUUUCUCCCCCAUUCGUAAUGGUCGAUUUUGGGAGUUUCUGAUCACAGGACUACCUUCCUUGUGUGUCAGCAUUUUCAAUCUAUUGCCUCCAUACCGCCAAUCGCCAACACAGAGUGGCGAUUCGAUUACACCCUAUCAGAAAGCAUGCAAAGCCUGCAGAUCAGGCAAAAUUUACACCAGUUACGAUCAAAAGUCAACAAAAAAGCACGCCGGAAUCAAUGCGAAAGAACUCCUGAUAUAUCAGAUUCCACUCAAGAUACAGCUGCUAGUCAUGGAACGUCUGGAUCCCGUCGACAUAUUCUGUCUGCGACAAAGUUGCUCCAUGCUCUUCUCGGCAUUCGAACAUGCUUGUUUCUCUAGCCUUCAAAAGCCAGUAGAGCUACCUAAAAGUCAUUCAACAUUCGAAAACGAAUUAAGUCGAUCAUUUCACAUCGCUUCCGACCAUCAGUACUCAGUCAAUCAUUUGCGGCAUGGACAAAAGAAACUCAAGGGCUGUGGCGAUUUGCAAAGCGGACUCAGGCCAAUUGUCGAAAUGUAUUUGAAUGAUCCCUCUGCUAAAGACAAACGAGAGAUCGCACACAGGUUAAAACUGAAUGCCGUUUGCGAAGUUUGCUUGAGGAGUCAUCCUACACCUACCACCCUGGUUUGUCCCAAAGUUGACGAUUAUCAGGAAAAGGGGCACGUGUUUUGCACCAAUUACAAAAGAAUUCACCACAAGGCUCUAUUCUCUGGGAAUCAGCUUAUCAAAGAUCGCCCGAUAUGUAUUGGCUGGGAGAGAAAGAUCCAGAUAUGCCCUCAUCAAUACAUGUCCCUGCUUGGCAUAUUCAGAUGGAUAGAGAGAGCACCCGCUCAGAAGGGCUCGAAGAGCCUAAGCUUGUCAUGUCAGGUUUGUCAAAUGCCCUUCCAGUCAAAAGGACGGGAACACUCUCCAACGCUAUCUAUCUCCAGCAACCAUUUCUUGCAUUUACACUGGACUAUGGUGGUAUGA